GCUUCUUAAGCACUGCCGUCGCGAGCGCUAGUGCAGUUCUGGAUUCUGCCGCUGAGUUGUAUACUAGCCGCCGCAGUGUGUACUUGUUAGUCAGUGUGGGUACUUCGCAGCCGAGUUGUUAUUUGUCGUCAGCCGACGCUGACCUAGCUGCCUGACUCGAACCAGACCGAUUGCUGUAGAGACAAUGUUCACCACUGUGUUUCUGUAUCUACGUAUUAAAGAUAAGUACUGACUUUCAUUCAAUCCGAGUGUUUGUGUUUUCAUUUCUUUGUUCACUGUUCCAGCGGACCGGUCGGCCCGCUACUAAAAGUGUGGCGGUGCUCGUGCUACGAAGACCGCCACAAAAACUGGCGACGAGGACUUCCGAACUCGUGUGCAGGGCUGGUUCAACUUGUUUCUUGUUAUACUAAUUAUAGAGAUAAAAUUUUGGGGGCUGGUUUAAUUUGUGUUCACUAUGUCUGCCGAAUUACAACAGUUGAUCUUGUUACAGAGUCAGCAAAUACAAAGUCUGGUGGAAGCAAUUGCCAAACAAGCGGCUAAUCCACCAUCACAAAAGGAACAAGCACAGGCAGCACCACCGUUCCGCGCUUUUGACGCAGCGCGCGAAGAAUGGCAAGAAUAUUUCGCGCAGUUGCAGGCGCACAUGACAGUCUACAAAAUCACAGAUUUGGUCCGCGGCGGGUUCCAGCCGCGCCUUCCGACUCCGCUGCCGCCACCAGGGCAGCAGCAGCAGCAGCCGUCGCCGCUACCACGCCGACAGCCCGUCCCGUUGAUGCCUCCCGCGCAGCUUCAUCCGGGAGCGCCCCAGGUGGUCGCUCCGGCGCCUGCGGUCCCUCUUCAGUCGCCACCGCCUUCGGAGCAGAUGGACGUCGACCCCUCAGCCGGGCCGCCAUCCCAAGCGGUGGCUGUGCCGCCUGUCCUGCAGCCGUUUUCCUUGGGCACCCCCAAGGAGUAUGACACCGCAGCGCCUUGUCCGGCGCCCACUAAGCAGCCGUCGACGCAGCGUCAGGAGACGCUGCCUCUCUUCGUGGGUCCCGACGCCCCGUCGCGUCCAGUACCAGACGUUGCGCCCGUGGUCCCAGGCGUGCACCCUGACCUCGGUUUUCAGUCGGUGUUUCCCGAGGCCCCGCGCAGCCAAUGCUGGGGUGCGGACCGGGGACUGCCGCCGACAACAGUCUCCGCCCCGGUCUCUUCUGCUACGCCUGCGGCCAGACCCCUCCCCCGCCGUCGACGCUCGCCACGUCAUUAUUCAACGACGGUGCGGCGAUUUGGGGGGGAGGAGUGUUAUAUCCUAGCCCGCUGCCAAAAGGUUGGCAGCAUCAGUCCGGACGCCGUCCGCACGAGCAGCGCCAGCGAUUAAGGAAAUCGCCGCAAGCCUGCGCGCGCCACGACUGGCUUCUUAAGCACUGCCGUCGCGAGCGCUAGUGCAGUUCUGGAUUCUGCCGCUGAGUUGUAUACUAGCCGCCGCAGUGUGUACUUGUUAGUCAGUGUGGGUACUUCGCAGCCGAGUUGUUAUUUGUCGUCAGCCGACGCUGACCUAGCUGCCUGACUCGAACCAGACCGAUUGCUGUAGAGACAAUGUUCACCACUGUGUUUCUGUAUCUACGUAUUAAAGAUAAGUACCGACUUUCAUUCAA